AAGUAGUAGCGUACGUCAUGAGAAGUAAGAUGGCGUUAUAUUGUUUACGUGGGGCUGUAAGAUCGAAUUAUAUACGUAGGAAUUAUGGCGUUUGUGGAGUGCAACUUUUUAAUCUAUAUUCAACAGCAGCGCACACUUUAAGAGUGAACCAGCAAAUCAAAGAAAAACGGAAAAGAGCUUUAUUAGGUGGUGGCGAGAGUAGGAUUGACGCUCAGCAUAAAAAGGGAAAAUUAACAGCUCGGGAAAGGAUUCAUCUUUUAUGUGACCCAGGAAGUUUUGUUGAAUAUGAUAUGUUGGUAGAACAUACUUGCUCAGAUUUUGGAAUGGAAAAACAAAAGUAUCCUGGUGACUCGGUCAUCACAGGCCAUGGGCUUAUCAAUGGACGAAUAGCUUACAUGUUCAGCCAAGAUUUCACUGUGUUUGGGGGAAGUCUUUCCAGCAUACAUGCAAAGAAAAUCUGCAAGGUUAUGGAUCAAGCCAUGCUUGUUGGAGCCCCUGUUAUUGGGCUGAAUGACUCUGGUGGUGCUCGUAUCCAGGAAGGUGUUGAGUCUCUGGCUGGCUAUGCUGACAUAUUUCUGAGAAAUGUACUAUCUUCAGGAGUCAUUCCACAGAUUUCUCUCAUCAUGGGCCCUUGUGCAGGAGGUGCUGUGUAUUCUCCAGCAAUGACAGACUUUACCUUCAUGGUAGAAGACACAUCGUACCUAUUUAUCACAGGACCUGAUGUGGUUAAGUCUGUAACUAAUGAGAAUGUGACCCAAGAAGAACUGGGAGGAGCAAAAACACACACCACAACAUCUGGUGUAGCACACAAAGCUUUCCAUAAUGAUGUAGAUGCACUCCUGCAGUUAAGGAACUUCUUGGGAUUCUUGCCUCUGUCAAACAAAGAUCCAGCACCAAUCAGAAUUUGUGAUGAUCCAUGGGAUCGUGAUGUACCAACUUUGGAUACAAUAAUACCUCAGGAGACCACAGAAGCAUAUGACAUGUUGGAGGUAGUCGUAAAUGUUGUGGACGAGAGGGAUUUUUUUGAAAUAAUGCCGAAUUAUGCCAAAAAUAUUAUCAUAGGUUUUGGAAGGAUGAAUGGUAGAACUGUAGGCAUUGUUGGAAACCAGCCAAAAUGCGCAGCAGGCUGUUUAGACAUCAAUUCAUCAGUUAAGGGAGCAAGAUUUGUGCGAUUCUGUGAUGCCUUCAACAUUCCCAUUAUCACAUUUGUGGAUGUACCAGGUUUCCUGCCUGGCACAGGUCAGGAACAUAAUGGCAUUAUACGUCACGGAGCCAAAUUACUGUAUGCAUUUGCUGAGGCAACGGUUCCGAAGAUUACAGUCAUUACUCGAAAGGGAUAUGGUGGUGCAUAUGAUGUGAUGUCCUCAAAACAUUUAAGGGGUGAUGUCAAUUAUGCCUGGCCAACUGCUGAAGUAGCAGUAAUGGGCGCCAAGGGUGCAACAUCAAUUUUGUUUAAAGGAAAACCUGAUGUUAGCAAAUAUGAGGCAGAGUAUGUGGAGAAAUUUGGAAAUCCAUUUCCAGCUGCUGUAAGAGGUUUUGUGGAUGACAUCAUAGAACCGAGGACCACACGUUGGAGGAUCUGCCAAGAUUUAGACCUGCUGUCCACCAAGAAUCUAACAAAUCCACGUAAGAAGCAUGGUAACAUUCCAUUAUAGGAAGAGCUUUUCAGACUGAGAUGUAAGGAACUGAACAGCAUCCAACUUGUAGGACAAGUACAUAGAUUUCCAUAAAAAAACUUCCUGUAGAGGAAUAUACUAACAUUCCAUUAUAUAAGACUUAAAUUUUUGUAUAUUGUAUACAGUCAUAUGAUGAUAUUUCAGUACCUCAGUGAAAUGGAAACAUUUCUGUUUCAAAAACAGAAAUGUUUUAUAGUACAGUAAACUGGUUAUCCAGCAUUGGUGGGAAAUUGACUGUGCUGGUUAUAUGAGCAAUUUCUUAUAGAAGCCCAAUACAGUACAGUCUGUUAAACAAGCUUGUACAGUAUUAGAUAUGUAGUUAAAAAGACAAUAAGAGUAAAGUGCAUUGCACAUUAACGAGUGAAAAUUU